CAAGCAGUGAUGGUUGGAUGGCGUCCAUCGCCGCCAUGAAAGAUGGAGAUGUGGAGAGCCUGGUGCAGAGCUUGGUGCAGAAUCAAGAGGAAGUCAUUCGUAAGAGCCAUGCGGACCUCAUGAGCCGGUUGGAAGGCUGGCUACAGAGCCUUGACUCCUCCCUGGAGAAGCAGAGGAUGGCUGAGCUGUCGUUUUCUCCGACCUUAGACCAUUCCUCGACCUUCGCGCUCUCGGCUCAUAGCCAUCAGCUGCCCGAGAUGUACAUCUCGGAACAGCAGUUGCCAAGCGAAGGCGAAAAGGCCGGAGGCGAGCUCAUGUCUCCGCGGCGGAUCUCGGAGAACUCCGUGACCAGCUACGACAAGGCAAAGCAGGAAGGCUCCAAGAUCGAAUUGCGGAAGGAGUUGCACUCGCAGACCAUGACUCCCAGCUACAAGCGAUCGUUUUGGCAGAAGCUGUGUCCUCAAUCCCGGCUGGUGCACAAGUGGGUCAAGAACCUCGUGGCCUCCACGCACUUUGAGGUCUUCUUUGGCAUCGUCCUGGUGAUAAAUUCCUUGUAUGUUGGGGCGCAGCUUCAGUGGAUGACCACCAGCGGCUCUUCCGAGAUGCACCCGGGGUUCAUCACGACGCACAUUGCCUUUGCAUCGCUCUUCACCAUCGAGUGUGCCCUUCAGAUCUUUGCUUUUGGUUUGAGGAGUUUUUUGACGGGUCCAAGUUGGGCUUGGAACUGGCUCGACAUCCUCGUGGUGAUCUCGUCCUGGAUUGAACUGAUCCUGGACUUGCAGAACUACAGCAGCACCGGCUCCAAUACAGGAGUCCGCAUCGUCAAGGUCUUCAAGUUCACCCGGAUCCUGCAGGGCCUGCGGUCCUUGCGCAUCGUGCGCUAUAUCAGCGGCCUCCGGAUUCUGGUGUACUCUAUGUUGGAUGCCACCAAAUCCCUGGCCUGGGCAUUGCUACUGCUGGCGCUGAUCGUGUAUGUCUUCGGAGUGGUCUUUGCGAACGCCGCGCUGGAUUAUAUGGUGGAGAGCACCAGCGUAAACCUCGUGGGACGUCACUGGGGCUCCGUUGAUGUAUCCAUCACAACCUUGUACAGGGCCGUUCUUGGCGGCCUAGAUUGGGGCGAAGCAGCUGAUGCGCUGGCCCCGCUGGGGAUAGUGUGGGUCCAUGUCUUUCAUUUUUAUGUUGGUUUCGUAAGUUUUGCGAUUCUCAACGUGAUGACCGGCGUGUUCUGCAACAGCGCCAUCCGCGCGGCGGAGCACGACCAUGACAUCAUGAUGCAAAACAGGGUUCGUUUCAGGGACAUGGCUUCGGACCUCUUCAAGAAAAUGGACAGCGGCUAUGGGCAGAUCACCAUCUCGGAGUUUGAGAAGCUCUACGACGACGAGGACAUGCAAGCCUUCUUGGACUCCAUUGAGAUCAGCGCAACUGAUGCGUGGACGCUGUUCGCCAGCCUGGACGUAGACGGAGAUCAGACGGUGAGCGUGGAGGAGUUCACCGAGGGUUGCCUGAAGCUCCACGGCCCGGCUAGGUCGGUGGAUCUCUACUCCUUGCGCCAGCAGAAUCUGAAGAUCAAGGAGCAGAUGCACAGCCUGAUGCAAGGUCAGAAGAAGAUCAUGGAGUUCCUGAACGCCCUGAACCAUUCACAAUUCAACCGCUUUGCUGUCUAGCAGCCUAGCGCCGGGUUGCACAGACAUGAUUAUCCCAAGAUCAAGAUCACGACUUGAUUUGGUUGUAAGGCACCGAUUGAUGCGUGACCAUGAAUUCGAACUGAGAGCCUAGUAGGGAGCAUGCUGUGACUGGCAAUGCUUCGCUGCGCUCUGAGAGUAUUGGAUUAUCACUGUCUUGCAAUAGCGAGAUGUCCCAAUCUUUGGGACUGAAUGCCCGCGCCUUUACGCUGUUGGGAGACGACCAGGUUUUUUGCUGAUGUUGCACAGCUUGACGCAUGAAAUGCGUUGAGCGCCCUGGAGCCCUCUUCAGUUCAUGCAAGCAGGGAGCAACAAGACGCAUUGUGUUGGAC